UCUCUCUCUCUCUCUCUUGGAAUGAGGAAUCACAGAACAUCAACCUUUAUUGUACUAACUCUGGUAAUAAUACUUAAUGCGCAGACCGGUUUUUGGGCGGGAGCCGGACCUGUGAGCAAGGUUCACAUAGUGUAUUUAGGUGAGAAACAACAUGAUGAUCCUGAGUUUGUCACGGAGUCUCAUCAUCGGAUGUUGUGGUCACUUCUUGGAAGUAAAGAGCAGGCCCAUGAUUCAAUGGUGCAUAGUUUUCGACAUGGCUUCUCAGGGUUCGCGGCCAAACUUACCGAGUCCCAAGCGAAGAAAAUAGCAGAUUCACCUGAAGUUGUUCAUGUCAUACCGGAUAGAUUCUACAAACCAACAACAACUCGGACUUGGGACUACUUAGGCGUUUCUGCCGCCAAUCCAAAGAAUCUUCUAAAUGAAACCAAUAUGGGUGAACAAAUGAUCAUCGGCAUUAUCGACACAGGAGUAUGGCCAGAAUCUGAAGUAUUUAAUGACAAUGGGAUUGGACCGGUGCCAAGCCACUGGAAAGGAGGCCGUGAAUCAGGAGAGGAUUUUAACUCCUCUCACUGCAAUAAAAAGCUCAUAGGAGCCAAGUACUUCAUCAAUGGUUUUCUUGCGACGCACGAAAGCUUCAACUCUACAGAAUCACUUGACUUCAUUUCCCCUAGAGGCUACAAUGGUCAUGGAACACACGUAGCUACCAUCGCGGGUGGUUCUUAUGUUCCCAAUACCAGCUACAAGGGCCUAGCUCGAGGGACUGUGCGAGGUGGGGCACCGCGUGCUCGUAUAGCAGUGUACAAGACUUGUUGGUAUCUAGAUGAUGAAGACAUAACGAUUUGUUCAGCCGCUGACAUCUUGAAAGCAAUGGACGAGGCUAUCGAUGAUGGUGUUGAUGUUCUGUCUCUUUCUCUAGGCUAUGAACCUCUGUACCCAGAAACUGAUGUUCGAGAUGGGAUAGCUAUUGGUGCAUUCCAUGCAGUAAUGAAGGGUAUUACUGUUGUUUGUGCGGCCGGUAACGCGGGUCCAGCGGCUCAAACGGUUACAAAUUUGGCUCCUUGGAUCAUCACAGUAGCUGCAACUACUCUUGACCGGUCCUUUGCUACACCUAUGAUACUUGGGAAUAAUAAAGUGAUAUUGGGUCAAGCAAUAUACACAGGUCCAGAAGUUGACUUCACUAGCUUGGUUUACCCGGAGAAUCCAGGGAACAGCAACGAAAGUUUCUCUGGUACAUGUGAGCGUCUUAUCAUCAAUUCUAAUAGUACAAUGGCGGGGAAAGUUGUGUUGUGUUUCACAGAAUCACCGUACAGUACUUCUGUAUCGAGGGCUGCACGUUAUGUUAAGAGAGCAGGUGGUCUCGGUGUAAUCAUUGCAGGACAACCAGGAAACAUUCUUCGACCAUGUCUAGAUGAAUUCCCUUGUGUUGCUGUUGACUACGAGCUUGGAACCAAUAUACUUUUUUACAUACGUUCAAAUGGAUCACCUGUAGUGAAGAUACAACCUUCUAGGACACUCAUUGGUCAACCAGUGGGUACAAAGGUAGCAAGUUUCUCAUCAAGAGGGCCUAAUCCAAUAUCGGCUGCAAUCCUUAAACCGGAUAUAGCAGCACCAGGAGUGAGCAUAUUGGCGGCUACAACCACCAAUACGACUUUCAACGACGGAGGAUUCAUUUUCUUGUCAGGGACAUCAAUGGCGACUCCUACCAUUUCAGGAGUUGUUGCGCUUCUCAAAGCUCUACACCAUGAUUGGUCUCCUGCUGCCAUAAGAUCAGCCAUCGUUACUACAGCUUGGAGAACAGAUCCAUUAGGAGAGCAGAUUACUGCUGAAGGGUCACCUCGGAAGCUAACUGAUCCAUUCGACUACGGUGGAGGCCUUGUGAAUCCAGAGAAAGCUACAAAACCUGGUCUGGUAUACGACUUGGGACUUGAAGACUAUGUACUCUACAUGUGCUCUGUUGGUUACAACGAGACAUCAAUCUCUCAGCUUGUCGGUAAAGGAACAGUCUGUUCCAUUCCCAAACCAUCUGUUCUUGAUUUCAACUUACCUUCCAUCACAAUCCCCAACCUGAAAGAUGAAGUUACUCUCACCAAAACCUUCACUAACGUUGGACCACUUGAGUCGGUCUAUAACGUAACGGUAGAGCCACCAUUGGGCAUCCAAGUUACUGUGACCCCAGAGACGCUAGUGUUCAACUCUACAACCAAACGGGCUUCUUUUAAAGUUAGAGUCUCGACCACACACAAAAUCAACACAGGUUACUACUUUGGGAGCUUGACUUGGAGUGACUCUCUGCAUAAUGUCACCAUUCCUUUGUCUGUGCGAACGCAAAUUCUGCGUUACUACUAUGAUGAGAAUUAA